AUGUUGUAUAUUAUACAGUGUAUGGAUGAAUGGAUACAGAUAUUGAUGUCGACGAAGAGAUAGACAUAGACUUACAGUUGUUUAGGAUAUUAAAGUUGAUAAGAAAGAAGAAAAAGAAGGCUUAAACCAGAGGAAGAAGAAGUAAUAAAGAAAUAUGAAGACCUGAUACCUAAGUAUCAUUUGCCCACUUUAGUGCCCUCUGACCUCUUCUGUUCGUUGGCCACUUGACGUCAAUAAAAAGGACGUAGUGAAUAAAAGAAGAGAGGUUUCUUUGAUACAAUUCUUAAUCAGGAGAAUGUCACCAAAAGUGUGGACUAUUUUUAAUUCUACCGCAAAAAAUUUAUAUAUCUAAUAUAUCUAUGUCUAUGUAUAUUACGGAACAAUGAAACUGGGACAAGAAUACGGGGACAGUUCUGAAGCAAUGGAAGAGAUAAUAAGGCUGGAUUGAUACUGCAAGAACGUGGAUACAAGAGUUUUUCGAAUCUGUGAAAAGAAGUGAUCAGCGGCGAUGGAGUCUUGUCCGCAUCACGGUGAUAAUUCUCAGCUGGACAGAUAGAACCUGGAAAUAGAAAUCGAUCCGACGAGAAACGAUAAAGGAUAAGAGGAGUUGUAGUUACAGCUGAAGGAAGGUAGCUGUUAGCUAUAGCUGGUGGUUGUGCUGGGGAGCAAGAAGAGGAAGAGGAAGGUGAGGCUGAGAAGAAAUAAGUGAACGAGACGAAAGAACAUUGAGAUAAGAACGCAAAGAUGGGCAAGUGUUGCAGCAAGAGGCAAGAGCCUCAGCCAAUUGUGUACAAAAAAACUGAAGCUGCUUUAACUUCAAAACACAGUAAUGGAGGUUCUUUGGAUAGAUACACAGCUGAUCCUAAUCAAAGAGGAGUGCAAGCUCGCGCAGAUAUUAUCCGACCUAGGCCGACACCUUGUAAGAUUCAGAUUCCACAUCAACCUCGUAAAACAAGCUCGCCUGUCGUAUUACCUGCAUCUCAUUCACAGAGAACGAAUAAAAUAGUGGUAGCACUUUAUAACUACACUGCAAGAGAGAGCACAGACGUGAGUUUUGUGAAAGGCGAUCAGAUGGAAGUUCUAGAUGACUCUGAACCUGACUGGUGGCGGGUAUUACAUCUGAGAACCCUUCAAGAAGGACUUAUACCUUGGAACUUUGUAGCAGUUGAACGUUCAGUCGAGAGUGAAGACUGGUUCUUCGAGAAUGUGUCGAGAAAAGAAGCUGGAAAAUUACUCCUGGUGGAUGAAAAUCCAAGAGGAACAUUUUUAGUUAGACCAAGCGAACAUAAUCCACGCGGAUACAGUCUUAGUGUUAAAGAUUGGGAAGAAGGACGGGGUCAUCAUGUUAAACAUUACAAGAUUAAACCUCUGGACAAUGGUGGCUUCUUUAUUGCUACUAAUCAAACCUUCCCAACACUACCAGCUCUUGUAAUGGCCUACAGCAAAAAUGCCUUGGGUCUAUGUCAUGUCUUGUCGAAACCAUGUCCGAAACCACAACCUGACAUGUGGGACCUUGGACCAGAGUUACGUGACAAAUGGGAGAUAAAUCGGAGCGAGAUACAGUUGAUACGUAAACUCGGACAUGGUAAUUUCGGUGAAGUCUAUUAUGGCAAGUGGCGUAACAAGAUUGAAGUUGCUGUAAAGACUCUCAGACCCGGUACAAUGUCAACGGAAGCAUUCCUCCAAGAAGCAGCAAUAAUGAAACAAUUUAGGCACAGACAUUUAGUCGCGCUGUAUGCCGUAUGCUCCAAAGAAGAACCUAUUUAUAUUGUUCAAGAGUACAUGUGUAAUGGAAGUCUUUUGGACUUUUUGAGAACUGGUGACGGUAAAUAUAUGCAAUUCGAGGAUCUUAUUUAUAUAGCAGCUCAAGUGGCUUCGGGUAUGGAACAUUUAGAGAGCAAACAGCUUAUUCAUCGUGAUCUUGCUGCACGUAAUGUGCUUAUUGGCGAAAAGAACAAGGCUAAAAUAUGCGAUUUUGGCCUCGCAAGGAUUAUUGAAGAUGACGAGUAUUGCCCCAAGCAAGGUAGCAGGUUUCCUGUCAAGUGGACUGCGCCAGAAGCUAUUGUUUACGGCAGAUUCAGCAUUAAAAGUGAUGUCUGGUCUUAUGGAAUAUUACUUAUGGAACUUUUUACAUAUGGACAAGUUCCUUAUCCAGGUAUGCAUGGUCGUGAAGUUAUUGAACAAGUGGAUAAAGGCUACAGAAUGCCUAAGCCAGCGAAUCAGCCAUUACCGGACAGCAUUUACCGUCUUAUGCUGCAAUGUUGGGACGCAUGUCCAGAGAAACGACCUACCUUUGAAUUCCUCAAUCAUUACUUUGAAUCAUUUAAUGUGACAAGUGAAAUACCAUACCUUGAACCGCCAACUGACUGAUACACGGCCCAUCAUCAUUUGGAGGGCCACGUUAUGCAACAUGGCCACGUUAUGCCGCCGCAUGGUCAUUACCAUCCGGCUCAUCUGAAUUGUGCCAUGGAAUUUUACGGGAUUUAUUGUUAGAAAUUAAACUCCCCUUAUACACUAAAUUAUUAUUUAAACUAUUUUUAUUAUACAUUAUCUCGAUUAAAGGUGCGAAAUACCUUUCUUAUUUUAUCAAAAAUAUUAAGUGGAAAAAAUCAUUCCAAACACUGCCAGAAUUUUGCCAAUGAUAUAUGUAUUGAAUCACACCGUUUAUCAUUUUUACUGUAAACAGGCACUUUUUUAACAAAUUUAAAAAACAAUAAUAAUUAUAAUAAUUCAUCUUUAUACCAAACGGUGAUCUAUUGUGUGCCAUAAACUUACUAAGAGUCUUCAGAAAUUUAAAAACCCAGAAGAAAAUACACAAGUCUUGUUUAUUUUAUUGAAAUUUUUUUUUGUAGUUAACAAUCGAGUAAAACAAAUUGGCAUUAAAAUUACUGAAAGAA